AUGCUGUUAAUUUCCUUAUUGUUUUCUGUAUUAUACGGAUUUUGCAAUGGUGAUCAAUCAUUCAAGGUUGACCUUGAUGGGAGGCAAUUUUUGCUAGAUGGAAAGCCAUUUCGGUAUAUGUCGGGAGAAAUCCACUACUUCCGUAUCCACCCGGACCAAUGGGAAGAUCGGCUAAAGCGUGUGCGGGCCCUCGGCUUCAAUGCUAUUCAAUAUUACAUCCCUUGGAAUUACCAUCAACCGGAUAGUGAGGAUACAGCCAUUUUCUCCGGUUCUCGCAACUUCACCCGUUUCUCCGAAAUUGCGAUGAAAUUGGGAAUGUACACGCUCCUACGCACCGGUCCUUACAUUUGCGCGGAAUGGGAAAAUGGUGGUCUGCCCUGGUGGCUGUUGAACAAGAGCCCGAAUAUUAUCUUACGAUCCUCGGAUCCGCGUUAUAUUGUGCCACUUCAGAAAUGGUUUGACAAAUUAUUGCCGAUCGUGCAGCCGAUGAUGCGAAAGAAUGGGGGUCCGGUGUUAAUGAUUCAAGUCGAGAAUGAAUACGGUAGCUAUUUGACCUGCGACAGUACUUAUCUGGGAUGGAUUCGAGACGCGUUGUGGCGUGGGCUGGGCAACGAUACGCAACUGUACACAACUGAUCCGCCAGAAGACAUCACGUGCGGUGUGGUUGACGGCGUCUACGCUACCGUCGAUUUUGGCCCCAGCAAAGACCUGGAAAACGCAUUCAAAGUCCAAAUGCAAUACACCGGCGGAAAGGGCCCAUAUGUAAAUUCCGAAUUCUACCCUGGCUGGUUCUCGCUGUGGGGCGAUAAAAAGCGCCCAAACUUGCCGACCCUGCAGGAGACGUUGGACUAUGUGGUGAAAAUGUACCAAAUGGGAGCGUCUUUUAGCGUUUAUAUGAUCCAUGGUGGGACGAAUUUUGGGUUUUGGAAUGGUGCGGAAUAUAAUGGGGCUCUUAUUACUUCUUAUGACUAUUUCGCUCCUAUUACCGAAGCUGGGGACAUCACAUCAACUUACCUUGGGAUACGUGGCUACUUGAAGAGUCUCCCCGACUGGCCGACCCCACCUCUAGAUAUCCCGAAAAAUAACACCAAAAUGGCGUACGGUAAGAUUGGGGUGAAGCGGGUGUCAUCACUUCUCGAGCUUGCAACGACUUGUCGGAGUGCUCCAUUCCCAUUGUCUUUUGAGCAGCUACAGCAUGGAUUUGGGUUUGUGGCUUAUAAAACGACGCUCCCAAAAUGCGGCGGAAAGCUAGAAGCUAAGCUAGUAAGCGAUAGAGGCGACGUCUUUGUGGAUGGAAACUACAUAGACACCUAUAAAUUUUUGUAUAAUGAUGUCGAGUUGCCGACUGCGAAUUGUCAGGCGGGGAGCGUGUUGACGAUUCUGGUCGAAAAUCAGGGGCGUAUUAAUUUUGAGACUGGAAUAUAUCCAAAGGGAUUGCUUUGGAACGUUUCACUCGAUGAUACAGACCUUCCCGGCCCUUGGGAUAACUGCCCAAUCCAAAUGGACGAGGCAUUCCACGCAACGAUCCAAAAACUUGCCGAAAAUAUUGUAGUCCGUGACGAUCCUAAUGACCCAGCUCUCCACGGAAUUUUCACCGGCCAAUUCACCGUGGAUACGGUAGCUGACACUUUCAUUGAUGCGUCAACCUGGGGAAAAGGAGUUCUAUUCGUCAAUGGCCAAAAUAUGGGAAGAUAUUGGAGCGAGGGACCGCAGGAAACGCUCUACGUCCCAGCGCCAAUCCUUCAAAAAGGCGUCAACACUUUGACACUUGUGGAAUUGGACAGCAAGCAUUACGGCUGCUCGUCUGGAUGCAACAUCGAAUCUGUCGGCGACGCGAAGUGGAAUUGGGAA